AUGAAUUACCAGACACUCAAUAUGGCAGGCGAUGCCUCUUCACCACGGCUGGAGGCCGUGGAUAGGCCAUCCUCGCCCGGCCAGGUCGCUAACACAAGUGACGAUGUCGCCACGGCGAGCCCUAGACGAGCGCAAACUACGUCCGCCCAGAGCUUCACUCCCCGCUCGUUGAUUGUCGGUCUCAUUAUCGGCGCCCUGAUCACCUUCUCCAAUACCUACUUUGGUCUCCAGACAGGAUGGAUUAGCACAAUGGCCAUGCCGUCGGCAUUGAUUGGGUUCUCGGUCUUCAAGGUCUUGACCAAGUACUUGUCCUUCCCGUUUACUCCGAUUGAGAACGUCCUCAUUCAGACGGUGGCGGGAGCGGUGGGAACUAUGCCUUUGGGCUGCGGAUUCGUUGGUGUGAUUCCUGCCUUGGAGUUCUUGUUGAAGGAUGGCGAGGACGGACCGAAGGGAGAUGGUGGUGAAGGCGAAGGCGGCCCGCUUAAAUUGGGCUUCUGGAAAUUGGUGGUCUGGAGUCUUGGAGUCUGUUUGUUCGGUGUCGUCUUUGCUGUACCGUUGCGGAAAGAAGUGAUUGUGCGCGAAAAGUUGCGAUUCCCCAGUGGGACUGCUUCUGCGCUGAUGCUGCGGGUCCUACACGGCGCAGGAAAAGACGAGAAGACACCCUUGGAUGGCCAGGGUCGCUCGAGUGGACUAGCUCAGGGUAAUUACAACGGCCGUCAGCCCCAAGGAGAUGAGCAGCAAGGUCUCCUGGUAAAAGAUGCAGACACCGAAGACCAGUCCGUGGAUGAGAAGGAUUGGCGAUCAAAGAUGCGUCUUUUGAUCGGGGCCUUUGUGGUCUCUGGUAUUUAUACCCUUUUCUCCUACUUCGUUCCCCUGGUUCGGGAUAUUCCCUUGUUCGGGUUGGGACUUGCCCAUAAUUGGCUAUGGACUCUCAAUCCAUCACCCGCGUAUAUCGGCCAGGGAAUUAUUAUGGGACCAUCGACCUGCAUGCACAUGCUCUUUGGAGCAGUGCUGGGAUGGGGAAUCCUUUCGCCACUGGCCAGGGCUCGUGGCUGGGCGCCCGGACCCGUGGAUAGCUGGGAUGAUGGGAGUAAAGCAUGGAUAGUAUGGAUUUCUCUAGCUAUCAUGCUUGCAGAUUCACUCGUCAGCCUCGGAUGGCUUGUCAUCAAGCCUAUUGUCAGCCGGGCUCCGAGGUGGAUUGCUAUACUGCGAUCAACUCGUGCUGGCCAGUGGAUUGCAGUACGACUGGAGCGAUCAGGGUCACACGAGCACUCUUAUAUCAAUUACUCUGCAUUGGAUUCUGGAAACCAUGAAAUCGCCCACGAAAACUUGGACGGUGUUCAUGUACAGGUCACGACAGCUAAAGAUGAAGACGAAGAUGCGCCUCCUUCCCAGCUUAUUUCCACUCGGAUGGUGGUGAUCCUGCUUCCUUUGACACUGAUCUUGAAUGUUGUCUGUAUGCAUUAUGUCUUCGGUGAUAUAAUCUCCCCUUGGCUGUCUAGCCUGGCUACCCUUCUUGCAGUCCUCCUCUCCAUCAUGGGCGUGCGUGCUCUUGGCGAGACUGAUCUCAACCCAGUAUCGGGUAUCAGCAAGCUCACCCAACUACUUUUCUCCCUGGCAACGCCAGCCUCACACUUCUCCCGACGGACGGCCCUGGUCACGAACCUCCUCGCCGGUGCCGUAUCCGAAUCUGGUGCCCUACAAGCCGGAGACAUGAUGCAGGAUCUCAAGACGGGCCAUCUCCUCGGCGCGAGCCCCAAGGCACAAUUCUACGGCCAAAUCAUCGGGAGUCUCGUCGGUGCCGUGCUUUCGACAGCCGUCUACAAGAUGUACGUCAACGUCUAUGAAAUCCCCGGAGAGAUGUUCCAGACACCUACCGCAUACGUCUGGAUCUUCACCGCUCGCCUUGUUACGGGCGAGGGCCUACCAGACAUGGCAUGGCAAGCAUCCGUCAUCGCAGGCCUUAUAUGGGUCCUCCUCACCGCGGUGCGAAUCAUAGCUGCAUCUCCUUCUUUCGCACAGAACGGCCAACCCCCAGCCUGGAGAAAUUGGAUUCCCGGCGGUAUCGCCGUGGCAGUUGGUAUCUUCAACGUCCCAUCUUUUACACUGGCCAGGGCGAUAGGUGGCAUUAUUGCGUGGUGGUGGGCACGGAAGCACUCGCCCCCCACUCGUCAGCCUCCUUCCAGCGAUAUCGCGGAUGGAAUUAAUUCCUCUGCUGCGGACGCGCCAUCUGCGCUGCAGUCUGGACAGGGCGAUACACCCUCUGCGGCAGAGGCGGCUGCCAAGGCUGAUGCAGCUUCUUCGACUGUCGUUGUUUUGGCGUCUGGUCUUAUUCUGGGUGAAGGUAUUAUGAGUAUUGUGAAUCUUCUUCUUGCAAGUGGUCGGGUUCCCCAUCUAUAG